CUGCGGGCCGGUUUUGUGUGGUGUGUUUCUGUGGGACGCCGGUCGGUGUGAAGGUGACAGCGCCGUGGUACCUUACAGGUGGAACUGCGCGUACCUGUCGGCUGUACUUAAGGAAUCAGACCGACCCUAACACACAGGGACACGGCGUGGCGGGUUUCCAUGACAACCUGCUGACGUCAUACAGAUCGUCUUAGUCAACUGACAAGACACAAGUUUGCCUGUGUAGUUAACUUUCCUGGAUCCGAGUUCUUGGAUUUGAACUAUUGUGCAUAAUCAAUUUUGGAUUGUGAACUGUUGUGGACUGUGACAACGACCCUUUGAAAGGAUUGCGUGUUUUCUCAGACAAUUGUUGGAACCCGUCAUGAUACAAGUGAUUUACUCCAAUUGAUAAAACACAAGACACAGACAUGUCGGACGGUGCGGCCCCACCAGCUUCUCGGGGAAGCCCACAAGGCGCUGAGAAAGAAGCCAACAAACCACCGUCCCCAAAACCAGAUCAGGAGGUGGCACCACCAUUAAAAGACAAACCAGAAGAGCGCGAUGGGCGCAAACCCCUACGGAGAAUGGGGGCCAGCAAGCCGCCGCCGCCACAGCCUGGCAAGGCCAAGAACGUGGUUCUGUCUGGAGAAGCCAUGAAAGAGAUGCAGAAACAAGCCAAAGCCACCCGCGAGGAGCGCCGCCUACAGAUGGACGAGCGGCAUCGCUACUUAUUCACAAAGCUAUCGGACGCUCUGUCCUUGGACCUGACGGCGGUGGAGGAUGGCAUCCUGGGAGAUGAAAAGUUUGACCUAAUCGAGGAGUUUUUCGGCGCGGACGGAGCGAAGAAACUCAUGUUCUUCUACCAGGACCAGAGCUUGAACCGUGAGAUGACGUCAUCCCGUGCAGAAACAUCACAGAGCAUGGGAGGUCCCAAACGGCUGUUUCUCACCACAGGACAGGACGAGCCUCUGCUUGGGCAGUGUCUCUUCUUCCUACGCACAACCCCGAAGGGAAUCACAGUGGAGAACAUCUCAAAGGAGGUGAAUUUCGGCACAGUUGACGCUGGUGACGGUACCAUGCUGCAGGGGCUACAGAAGCUCAUGUCCUCAAUCAUGCUGCCUGCGCUCAAGUCCACAGAGAACUGGGGCGAGCUCGGCAAGUCCAGCUCUAACGGGCCGGUGCAGGACUUCCUGGAGUCGCUGGAGAAGUUUGUGUCGAGCCUGGCCAGCGCGCAGGGAAACAUGGAGGGGCAGGUGGUGCUGGCCGAGCCGCCGGACGACACAGGGCUGGACGCGCUGCGCACGCCCGCCGACUUCAUGCAAGCUGCCACAUCCGUAGAGAAGGUGGAAAAGAUGGAGGCCCUGCUGGCCAUGUGGGCGCGGCAGAUCGAGCAGGUCCUGGCCGAGUCUGAGCAGAUGCGGCGGGAGGCGGACGACAUCGGGCCGUCAGCCGAGCUGGACCACUGGAAGAAACGGAUGGCCAAGUUCAACAGCCUGUUAGAACAGAUCAAGUCUCCCCGCUGCCGAGCUGUGAUUGGUGUGCUCAAUGCUGCCAAGUCCAAGGCACUGAAGCGGUGGAAGGAGCUGGACGUCCGCAUCACAGAUGCUGCUAACGAGGCUAAAGACAACGUCAAGUACCUGUACACACUAGACAAGUUCUUUGGACCACUGGUCAAGUGCACACCGGCCUCCAUGGUGGAGCACAUCCCCAGCCUGAUGAACAGCAUCCGCAUGAUCCACUCCAUCUCUCAGUACUACAACACCUCAGAACGCAUGACCUCGCUCUUUGUCAAGGUCACCAACCAGAUGAUCACCACCUGCAAGGCCUACAUCAACCAGGGCACAACCAGGAUCUGGGAACAUGAAAGGACUGAGGUUCUGAAGAGGAUCAAGGACUCCAUCCGACUGAACUCGGAGUACCAGCGUGCCUUCCACAGGACAAAGGAAAAACUGAAGGAGAGUCCUGAGGAGAGGCAGUUUGAGUUCAGAACCCUUUCCCUUUUCUUCGAGACGGCAGGCAGCUUAACUACUCGGGCCGCGUGCGUGAGUAUAGAGGAUCUCAUGAAGACGCCUGAUGCCAAGAAGAUUGUCCGCAGCUUCAACAAGCUUGCAGCUGUGCUGAUGGAGUUUGAGAUGCUGUAUCACCGUGGAUGGUGCCGAGCUGUUGAUGCUGCAAAGACAGGCCUCAAUGCCUCACUUUUUGUCAAACAUCCAGAGACAAAGGAACUGUUUGUGAACUUUGACCCCUCCGUGAUGGAGCUGAUCAUGGAGUCCAAACAGUUGGCAAAGAUGGGACUGGAAAUCCCUGACGGGGCAGAGGCACUGGUGCUGAGGGAGAAGGAGAUCAAGGACAAUGUGCAGGCGUUGAAUGAGCUGUUGGCUGACUACAAGAAACUGACAGAGAGCAUCAAUGUCAUCCUCCAACCCCUGAUGAAGCCAGUCAUUGGUCAGAUUGAUGAUGCCAUCAAACCUGGACUGACCAUGCUCAGCUGGACAUCUCUCAACAUCAAGCAGUACAUUGGUGAGGUGUACAAGGUGAUGGAGAAGGUGGAGUUGCUAGUGAAGCAGGUGACAGACAUGUUGGAGUGCCGCAUCGACGCCUCCCUGGCCGACAUGUCGUCCACCAGCCUGUGUGAGCUACCUGAGGAUGAGCCCAUCUCUAUAGAGGAGUUUCUACAGAUCACAGAACAAACCUGUGCCAAGGCAGCAGUCUCUCUGUCUACGCAGAGCCAUUUGGUGGAGACGUCUGUGCUAGAGCUUGUUGAGCUGCUGAAGAGCUUCCUCCGGGAAAAGGACAAGGUCAACCUGGAGGACAACUACCCCUGCUCGCACCCUGAUGCGAGGCACAAGGGCCAGCGCUGUACAGAGUGUCUGCCAUGUGUGUACUUCAACCUGCUCACAUACUUCAGCCAGAGGAACACAGAUGCCCUCGUCAAAUGCACUCGUAUGACCAUGGAUGGCAUCAAGAAGCGUCUCCAGUCACCGAGUCUGAAGUAUGCAUCAUCACCGCAGCUAAAGAGGGAUGACAAGAGGCCACCACUCUUCAAGGCAGACAUUGUGCUGAGCAUUCCUAACAUUGCCCUGAAGCCCAGCCUGGAUGAGAUCCAAAACUGCCUGAACAAGGCUGUGGCCGUCAUGAUGAACGUUGCUAAGGACAUUCCUGUGUGGGGACACACCCGACGACAACAGGAGCAGCAGAUCAGGGAAAUGGAACAGAUGAUUGCUGAGGGAGGAGAUGAUGCCAAGACAGUGGUCCAUGGCAUGGCACCCAAGCCUCUCCACAAACUCAUCAGUGAACACAAGGAUGUGGUGAAAGUUCAGGUUGCACUGAACAACAUUGUGAAUGGCCUGAAGGUGGACUGUCAGGAGCUGCUGGAACAGUUCAAGGGAUAUGAGGAGCUCUGGACAGGGGAUCCGGAGGAGCGCGUGCAGGAGUUCCUGAAGAUGGAGCCCAUCCUGUCGGAGUUUGAGUUCCACAUCCGCCACUACCAGGAGAUGCAGACCAUGAUAGAGGCCAUGCCGCCUGAUUACCGCAUCGGCGCCAUCAUCUGCCUCACAGAGAACAUCCAGAUGGCCCUGAACACUGAGACUCGCAACUGGAAGCUGGCAUUUGGCAAGGCUCUGAACAACAAGGCUGGCAUAGACAUGCAGGACAUCUUCGACUUCAUUGAAAACCUCAACAAGCGUCUCCAGCGACCAAUCAAUGACUUGGAUGACGUUCGUGGUGCCAUGGCGGCUCUCGGAGAGAUCCGUGAAAAUGAGAUUAGGAUCGACAUGACCAUCGGACCAAUUGAGGAGUCGUAUGCACUGCUCAAUCGCUUUGAACUGACCUUCAAUGAUGGGAAUGCUGAGAGAGUGGACACCAUUGGGUACCAGUGGAAACAACUUCAACAAGUGAGCACCGACAUAUCCUCCAAACUUUUGGAGAUUCAAGCCCCCUUCAAGGGAGACCUGCUCAGUGGGGUUGAGAAGUUCAUCGUGGAGGUGGAUGACUUUACUGCUGAAUAUGAUGUCAAGGGACCCAACAUCAAAGGCAUCACACCACGUGAGGCCUCGGACAGGCUGACCAUCUUCCAGGCCCGGUUUGACGAGCUGUGGCGGAAGUACACCACCUACAACGGGGGAGAGGACCUGUUUGGUCUGGCCAUCACCGAGUACCCUCACCUGCAGCGUAUCCGCAAGGAGCUGGCUCUGCUGCAGAAGCUGUACACAUUGUACAACAAUGUACUGGAUACAGUGGAUGGAUACUACGACAUUCCUUGGGUUGACAUUGACAUUGACAAGAUCAACAACGAGCUGAUGGACUUCCAGAACAAAUGCCGUAAGCUCCCCAAGGCUCUGAAGGAAUGGGAUGCUUUCCUGGACCUGAAGAAGAGAAUUGACGACUUCAGUGAAACUUGUCCUCUGCUGGAGAUGAUGGCUAACAAGGCCAUGAUGAACCGUCACUGGGAGCGCAUUGCAAAACUCACAAGCCACUCUUUUGAUGUGGAGGCAGACAACUUCCUACUGAGGAACAUCAUGAUGGCACCACUGCUCCAAUUCAAGGAAGACAUUGAGGAUGUGUGCAUCUCAGCAACAAAGGAGAAGGACAUUGAGGCAAAGCUGAAACAGGUCAUCGCAGACUGGAGUACCCAGGUCUUCACAUUCUCUGUCUUCAAGACUCGUGGAGAGUUGCUCCUCAAGGGUGCUGAUGUUACAGAGAUCGUGGCUCUUAUGGAGGACUCUCUCAUGGUGUUGGGGUCUCUCAUGAGCAACAGGUACAAUGCACCGUUCAAACCAACCAUUCAGAAGUGGGUCCAGCAGCUGUCUGGUACCUCCGAGAUCAUUGAGAUGUGGAUGACAGUUCAGAACCUGUGGAUCUACCUGGAGGCUGUGUUUGUGGGAGGUGACAUUGCAAAACAGCUGCCACAGGAAGCAAAGCGUUUCAGCCAGAUUGACAAGUCUUGGAUGAAGAUCAUGCAGCGUGCCCAUGAGAACCCUAACGUGGUGCAGUGCUGUGUGGGGGAUGACACCCUGGGUCAGCUGCUGCCUCACCUGUUAGAACAGCUGGAGAUGUGUCAGAAGUCUCUGACAGGAUACCUGGAGAAGAAGAGACUGGUGUUCCCAAGGUUCUUCUUCGUGUCCGACCCUGCCCUGCUGGAGAUCCUGGGCCAGGCCUCCGACCCCCACACCAUCCAGCCCCACCUGCUGUCUGUAUUUGACAACACCAAGGCUGUCACCUUCGACGAGAAGCAGUAUGAGAAGAUCCUCAGCAUAUCUUCACAGGAAAAUGAGAAGAUUGAUCUUGAGAAGCCAGUGGUUGCCCAGGGCAACGUGGAACAGUGGCUGGGUCUGCUCAUGAACGAGUCACAGAAGUCCAUCCAUGGCGUCAUCAGGCAGGCAUCUGUUGCCAUCGAUGACCCCAACUUCAAGAUGAUUGAGUUUCAGAACGUCUUCCCGGCACAGGUCGGACUGCUAGGCAUCCAGAUGAUCUGGACCCGUGAUUCAGAAGAGGCGUUGAAGAACGCACGUGUGGACAAGAAGGUCAUGGCCACCACCAACCAGCACUUCCUGGACUUGCUGAAUGACCUUAUUGACAUGACAACCAAAGAUCUCACCAAGUACGAACGUACCAAGUAUGAAACUCUCAUCACCAUCCACGUACAUCAGAGGGACAUCUUUGAUGAGCUGGUAAAGAAAAACACCAAGAGCACUGGAGACUUUGACUGGUUGAAGCAGACACGCUUCUACUUCAAGGAGGAUAUCGACCAGUGUCUGAUCUCCAUCACUGAUGUGGACUUUGAGUAUCAGAAUGAGUUCCUGGGGUGUCAGGAGCGUCUUGUGAUCACACCACUGACUGACAGAUGCUACAUCACCCUUGCCCAGGCCCUGGGGAUGAGUAUGGGUGGAGCCCCUGCAGGGCCAGCCGGGACUGGGAAGACUGAGACCACCAAGGACAUGGGCCGCUGCCUGGGCAAGUUUGUCGUGGUCUUCAACUGCUCCGAUCAGAUGGACUACAGAGGGCUGGGCAGAAUCUACAAAGGACUGGCCCAGUCUGGCAGCUGGGGCUGUUUUGAUGAGUUCAACCGUAUCGAGCUGCCCGUGCUGUCCGUGGCUGCCCAGCAGAUGGCUGUCCUCUUCAACUGCAAGAAGGAGCGCAGGAAGCAGUUUGUCUUCACAGAUGGAGACGUGGUGGACAUGAACGCUGAGUUUGGCAUCUUCCUCACAAUGAACCCUGGAUAUGCCGGCCGCCAGGAGCUUCCCGAGAAUUUAAAGAUCAUGUUCAGGACAGUGGCCAUGAUGGUUCCUGAUCGACAGAUCAUCAUGCGUGUGAAGAUGGCCUCCUGUGGUUUCCAACAGAACAUUGUACUGGCUCGCAAGUUCUUCAUGCUGUACAAGCUGUGUGAGGAACAGCUUUCCAAACAGGUUCACUACGAUUUUGGUCUGCGUAACAUCCUGUCUGUGCUGAGGACCAUGGGAGGGUUCAAGCGGUCCAACCCGCAGGACAGCGAGGUGGUGACCGUGAUGCGUAUCCUGCGUGACAUGAACCUGUCCAAGCUGGUGGACGAGGACGAGCCUCUCUUCCUGAGUCUGAUCGAGGAUCUGUUCCCUGGGAUCACACUUGACAAGGCUGGGUAUCCCGACAUAGAGGCUGCCAUUCAGCAUCAGACUGAAGAGGCAGGGCUGGUUCACCACGCCCCAUGGGUGCUGAAGCUGAUCCAGCUGUACGAGACCCAGCGUGUCCGUCACGGCUUCAUGACACUCGGGCCCAGCGGAACGGGGAAAACCAACUGUAUCCAUGUCCUGAUGAAGGCCAUGAGUGACUGUGGUGCUCCUCACAAGGAGAUGAGGAUGAACCCCAAAGCCAUCACAGCCUCUCAGAUGUUCGGUACCCUUGAUGUGGCCACAAAUGACUGGACAGACGGCAUCUUCUCCACUCUGUGGAGGAAGUCCCUGAAGGUGAAGAAGACAGACAACACCUGGAUUGUGCUGGAUGGACCUGUGGAUGCCAUCUGGAUUGAGAACCUCAACAGUGUACUUGAUGACAGUAAGACCCUGACUCUGGCCAAUGGAGACCGGAUCAGAAUGGCACCAAACUGCAAAAUUGUCUUUGAGGUGCACAACAUUGACAAUGCGUCCCCUGCCACUGUGUCCCGUAACGGCAUGGUGUACAUGUCCAGCUCCGCCCUGGACUGGAAGCCCAUUCUCCAGGGCUGGCUGAACAAGCGGCCCCAGCAGCAGCAUGACAUUCUCAUGACACUCUUUGAGGGUAUCUUCACGGAGUUGUACCGAUAUGUCAACCAGGACCUGCAUGCGAAGAUGAAGGUCCUGGAGUGUAACUACAUCAAACAGGCCAUCGAUCUGCUGGAGGGGCUGAUCCCUGGUCCUGAACAUCCACCCAGCCAGAAGAUGCUGGAGAGAAUCUUCGUCUUCACCCUCAUGUGGUCCCUGGGCUCCCUCCUGGAGCUGGAUGAUAGGGAGAAGCUGGAACAAUUUAUUGUGGAUAAUGGUGGUGGUCUGGACCUGCCACCAGUGGACAAGGGGAAGCAGGAAACCAUCUUUGAGUACGUGGUGAAGGAUAACGGGGAGUGGGAACAUUGGUCCAACCGUGUGGAACAGUACAUCUAUCCAAAAGACUCCACCCCAGAGUACACGUCCAUCCUUGUGCCAAACGUGGACAACGUACGGUCAGACUUCCUCAUGGACACCAUCAUGAAGCUGGGAAAGCCUGUCCUGCUGAUCGGUGAACAAGGAACAGCUAAAACUGUCAUCAUUAAGGGGUACUGCUCCCGCUACAACCCAGAGCAGCACAUGUUCAAGAGCCUGAACUUCUCGUCUGCCACCACACCUCUGAUGUUCCAGCGCACCGUCCAGAGUUACGUGGACAAACGGAUGGGAACAACAUAUGGGCCACCUGCUGGCAAGAAGAUGACAGUGUUUGUUGAUGACGUGAACAUGCCGCUGAUCAACGAAUGGGGCGACCAGAUCACCAACGAGAUCGUGCGCCAGCUGAUGGAGUGGAACGGCUUCUACAACCUGGAAAAACCUGGUGAGUUCACCAACAUUGUGGACACACAGUUUGUCGCCGCCAUGAUUCACCCCGGGGGAAGGAACGACAUCCCGGAACGUCUAAACGCCGUGUCCAACUUGUUUGCUCGUGAUGAGAUUGAUGAGAUCACAAACGAACUGAUCGGCGUGAUGAAGAAGGAGUAUCCACGCCGACCGCCAACCAAUGAGAACCUGUAUGAGUACUUCCUAUCCCGAGUGUGCAACAACCUCCACGUGGCGCUGUGCUUCUCUCCCGUCGGUGAGAAGUUCAGGACCAGAUCACUGAAAUUCCCUGCACUGAUUUCAGGCUGUACAAUGGAUUGGUUCAGCAGGUGGCCAAAGGAUGCUCUCAUUGCAGUGUCUACCCAUUUCCUGUCAUCUUACGAUGUGAAAUGUUCUCCAGAGGUUAAGGAGAGCAUGCAGGCUACCAUGGGAGUGUUCCAGGACCUGGUCGCUGAGUGCUGUGUCCAGUACUUUGAACGCUUCCGUCGACAGACCCAUGUGACACCAAAGUCCUACCUUUCCUUCAUCGAUGGCUACAAGACAAUUUACAGCCAAAAGUUGGACACCAUCCAAACCCUUGCACAGAGGAUGAACACAGGAUUGCAGAAACUGCAGGAGGCUUCAGAAUCCGUAAAUGAACUUUCAAAGGAGUUGGCGGUCAAAGAAAAGGAUCUAGCAGUGGCCUCAAAGAAGGCUGAUGCGGUUCUUGCAGAGGUGACUGUCAGCGCUCAGGCUGCAGAGAAGGUCAAGGCUCAGGUACAGAAGGUGAAGGACAAGGCCCAGGCUAUUGUGGACGAGAUCGAACGUGACAAGGCUGUGGCUGAGACGAAACUGGAGGCAGCCAAACCUGCCCUGGAGGAGGCUGAGGCUGCUCUGGGGACCAUCAAACCUGCUGACAUUGCCACUGUGCGGAAGCUGGAGCCUCCUCACCUGAUCAUGCGCAUCAUGGACUGUGUGAUCCUGCUCUUCCAAAGGAGGAUCGACACAGUCACUGCUGAUCCUGACACUAUCAAUGAUGAAACAGUGGACCUUCUUGCUCCAUACAUGAACAUGGAGGACUACACACUUGAAAAUGCAAAGAAGGUGUGUGGUAACGUAGCAGGUCUGCUGUCCUGGACGUCUGCUAUGGUCAACUUCUUCUCCAUCAACAAGGAGGUGCUGCCUCUCAAGGCCAACCUGGCCAUCCAGGAGUCACGUCUGGGCAAGGCCACGGCAGAGCUGGAGGCUGCCCAAGCUCAACUGGAUGAAAAGCAGAGAGAACUGGACGCUGUCCAGGCUCAGUACGAUGCUGCUAUGAAGACCAAACAGGACCUGAUGGACGAUGCUGAAGCCUGCAGGAGGAAGAUGAACAACGCCACUACCCUCAUCGAGGGUCUGGGUGGAGAGAAGAUCCGUUGGACAGAAGCUAGUCGAAGAUUUGAAGAUCAGAUUCGGAGGCUGGUAGGAGAUGUGCUGCUGGCCACAGGUUUCCUGUCUUACUCGGGACCUUUCAACCAGGAGUACAGGUCACUGCUGCAGAAGAACUGGAAAAAAGAGAUGCAGAAGGCCCGCAUCCCCUUCAGUGAUGAUUUGAACCUGAUCCAGAUGCUGGUUGACAAUGCAACCAUUGGAGAAUGGAACCUUCAGGGACUUCCAAAUGAUGAACUGUCCAUCCAAAAUGGCAUCAUCGUCACCUCAGCAACUCGGUACCCACUGCUUAUUGACCCACAAGGACAAGGAAAGAUCUGGAUCAAAAACAAGGAGAAGAACAAUGAGCUUCAGGUGACAGCGCUGAACCACAAGUACUUCCGUAACCACCUGGAGGACUCACUGUCCCUGGGGAGACCCCUGCUGCUGGAGGAUGUGGGGGAGGAGCUGGACCCCGCCUUGGACAAUGUACUGGAGAAGAACUUCAUCAAACAGGGCAGCACACUCAAGGUCAAAGUGGGAGACAAGGAGGUAGACGUCAUGGAUGGUUUCCGGUUCUACAUCACCACCAAACUGGCUAAUCCAGCCUACACCCCCGAGAUCAGCGCCAGGACCUCCAUCAUUGACUUUACUGUAACAAUGAAGGGUCUGGAGGACCAGUUGCUCGGUCGUGUGAUCCUCACAGAGAAGGCUGAGCUGGAGGAGGAGAGGACCAAACUCAUGGAGGAUGUCACAGCUAACAAGAGGAAGAUGCAGGAACUCGAGGACAACCUGCUGUACCGCCUCACCAGCACACAGGGCUCCCUGGUGGAGGACGAGUCUCUCAUCCAGGUGCUCCAGACCACCAAGGUCACUGCCCAGGAGGUUACCGAGAAGUUGAACAUCGCAGCGGAGACGGAAAUCAAGAUCAACACCGCCAGAGAAGAGUUCCGUCCGGUGGCCAGUCGUGGCUCCAGCCUGUAUUUCCUGAUUGUGGAGAUGUCCAUGGUCAACAUCAUGUACCAGACGGCUCUGGGGCAGUUCCUGGGGCUCUUCGAUGUCUCCAUGGCCAAGUCUGCAAAGAGUCCAAUCCCAAGCAAAAGGAUUGCCAACAUCAUCGAGUACCUGACGUUUGCGGUGUUCAAGUACACUGCACGUGGCCUGUAUGAAGAGCACAAGUUCCUCUUUACUCUGCUGCUCACACUCAAGAUCGACCUGCAGGGACACAAGAUCAAGCACAAUGAGUUCCAGACAUUCAUCAAGGGUGGUGCAGCCUUGGACCUGAACGCUGUGGAGCCCAAACCCAAGAAAUGGAUCCUGGACAUGACCUGGCUUAACCUGGUUCAGCUCAGCAAGCUGCCACAGUUCUCACAGAUUCUGAGCCAGAUCUCCGGCAAUGACAAGGCCUGGAAGAACUGGUUUGACACUGAUGCACCAGAGGAGUCGGUCGUUCCCGAUGGAUAUAGUGCAUCCUUGGACACAUUCCGUAAGCUGCUCCUGAUUCGCUCCUGGUGUCCAGACCGCAUCGCAGCCCAGGCCCGACACUACAUCGCUGAAUCCAUGGGCCCUGAGUACGCUGAGAGCGUCAUUCUGGAUCUGGAGGGGAUGUGGGAGGAGUCAGAAACCUCAACCCCAAUGAUCUGUCUCCUGUCUAUGGGCUCUGACCCAACUGAUGCCAUUGAGCGUCUGGCCAAGAAGCACAACCUGAAGUGCCGUGCCAUCUCCAUGGGACAGGGGCAGGAGGUGCACGCUCGCAGGCUCUUCCAGCAGGCCUCCACAGAGGGAGGAUGGAUCCUCCUGCAGAACUGCCAUCUGGGCCUGCAGUACAUGGAGGAGCUGAUGGACGCCAUCGUGACCCUGGAGAACCCCCACGACACCUUCCGGGUCUGGAUCACCACCGAGGUGCAGCCCAAGUUCCCCAUCAACCUGCUGCAGAUGUCCAUCAAGUUCAGUAACGACCCCCCGCAGGGCAUGAAGGCUGGCCUCAAACGGACCUACAACAUUGUCACACAGGACCAACUGGACGUGACCAACAUGCCCCAGUGGAGACCCAUGCUGUAUGCCGUGGCCUUCCUCCACACUGUGGUGCAGGAGAGGCGCAAGUUUGGCCCCAUCGGCUGGAACAUCCCCUACGAGUUCAACCAGGCUGACUUCACAGCUACAGUGCAGUUUGUACAGAACCAUCUGGAUGACAUUGAUCCUAAGAAGGGUGUGUCUUGGAAGACUGUCCACUACAUGAUUGGUGAGGUGAACUAUGGCGGCAGGGUCACUGACGACUACGACAAACGUUUCCUCAACACGCUGGCCCGCGUCUGGUUUGGGGAGCACAUGUUCCCCGAUAAGUUCAAGUUCUACACGGGUUACAUCAUUCCUAAGUGCCGCACCUUGGAGGAGUAUCGCACACAGAUAGAAGCCAUGUCACUGGUGGACUCCCCAGAGGUGUUUGGUCUUCAUCCAAAUGCUGACAUCACUUACCAGACAAACAUGGCCAACAUGGUGCUGAACACCAUCAUGAACAUCCAGCCCAAGGACAGCGGUGGUGGUGGAGGGGAGACCAGGGAGAGUGUGGUGGCUCGACAGGCCACAGAGAUGCUGGAGAAACUACCUCCAGACUUCAUCCCUCACGAGGUAAAAGACCGCCUGCAAAAGAUGGGUGCUCUGUCUCCCAUGAACAUCUUCCUGCGCCAGGAGAUUGACCGCAUGCAGCGUGUCAUCUCACUCGUACGUAGCACCCUCAAGGACCUGAAACUUGCCAUCGACGGUACCAUCAUCAUGUCAGAGAACCUGAGGGAUGCUCUGGACAACAUCUACGAUGCUCGAGUUCCGGGGGCCUGGAAAAAGAUUUCCUGGGAAUCUGCAACGCUGGGUUUCUGGUUCACGGACUUGCUGGAGCGGAAUGCCCAGUUUUCCAGCUGGCUGUUUGAUGGCAGACCGACUCAGUUCUGGAUGACUGGAUUCUUCAACCCACAGGGUUUCCUGACGGCCAUGAGACAGGAGAUCACCCGUUCCCACCAGGGCUGGGCGCUGGACACGGUCGUCCUGCACAACGACGUCACCAAGAUGAUGAAGGAAGACAUCACCUCUCCUCCUCAAGAAGGAGUGUACAUCUAUGGCCUGUAUCUGGACGGAGCAGGGUGGGACAGGAAGAACAUCCGUCUGGUGGAGCCCCAGCCGAAGGUGCUGUUCACUCAGAUUCCUGUGGUGCACGUCUACGCCAUCAACACAUCGCUGCCAACCACGAUCGUCAAGCCACGAGCCGGCUACUGCUUCUAUGAGUGUCCGGUGUACAAGAAACCACGCCGUACGGACUUGACCUACAUCUUCCCGCUGAAACUCAGCAGCACAAUCAACCACGGGUCGGACCGCUGGAUCCUUCGUGGCGUGGGUCUUCUGUGCGACACCAAGUAGACAUUUGUUUGGGCCACAAAAUCUUCACGGCCAAGGAAAGAAUUUCAGUAUCUAUUCUAUGUUGUUACAAAAAUACCUUGAAUGCUGCUUUGACAUUUGCGGUUCUAUGAUUGUGUAUAGCUUGUUUCCGUAAGACUGCCUUGACCCCACAACUCAGAAAAUGACAGAAGCAUUUUUAUGCUAACCAUGUUUCCAAACCUGACAAAAAUGCUUUUUUUAAAAUUUGCUGUGCUAUGCACAUUAUCAUACUACACACCAUACAGAGCUAAGCGUGCUGUGUUAAGGCUGUUGCCACUAUUAAAGUUAAAUGAAUAUCGUUCCAAUAUACCAAUAUUUUUGCUAAAGAAAACAUUUCUACUUUGGGAGCUUACUGAAUGACAGUAGUUGGAUACACGAGAAUGGAGUGGAGAAUGUGUCUUGUGUGUGCUCCACUGUGUCAAUCAUACAUGUAUAAUCUAUUUUUUGGUGGUGUUGGAUACAAAGUUACUUUAAGUUUUCUGUUUUGAGAGCUAAUCUAGGCAUGUCACUUGGUGCAGGGUUUCUAUGCAACUGUUUUUGUAUAGUGAAUUAAAGUGUAUUUUUUCUAUAUUGAUUGCUUUGAAAGUUGCAGGGAAGAUAAAUGAAAUCUACUAUACAGGGUCUUUUGCAGAUAAUGAAAUAAAGUUAUUCAGAUUACCACGUGUAUCUCUAUUCUACUGUUAGGCAUUUGGUCUGCAUAUAUAAAGACUGCAAAGCACUGUAGCAGGAUUAAUGAUAAACAUCAUUACCAGAAUGUAUCCUGUUAGAACUGCUACAACAACUAUGCAAAUCAUACAGUGAAUAACCGUUAACAUUACAUCCACACUAACAGCUUACUAAGAUCUAAGAUUCUACCUAACUUUUGUAUUGUCAGCAUUUGUAACUGUGCAAAUGUACAAGUACCUUUCAUCAACAUUUACACUACCAGUACACAGAUAUUCUUUUAUGCAUACCUACAUAGAUCACUAUUUUAAUAAAUUAUUAUGAUACCUCCACUGAUCUCUUGUACAAGAACACAGUUGCUUUGUGUGAGCAUGUUUGUGUGUUACUACUAUAUAAAUGAUUGUGAGAUUAAAAUGCAAGAAACCA